GGUGGCCGUCGCGUCCCCGGCCCUCUGCGGCAGCGGCGCCGCGCGGGGCGCUCCCACUCGCGCUCGGGCUGGCGCGGCCGCGGGUCCCGGCGGCGGGGUGGGCGGGGGAGGCAGCGGGUGACAGAUGUACUCCUCUGACAGCUCUCAGUAUCAGCCCAGUGGCUCCCUGCCAUUGGCUCAGUGCAAUGGACCGGCAACGCCGCUCACUAUAAUAACACUCAUGCCUGCCAGCAGCAGCAACUCCGAGUGCAGGCGCCGAGCGCGGGGGAUGCUGCCGCCGCCGCCGCUUCUGCUGCCGCGCAGGCGGCUCCCGCAGCCCCGCUCCGCCCGGCCGCCGCGCGGGCACUGACUCCCGCUCAGCUCCGUUUCGCCGGCCCGGCCCCCUCCUAGCCUGGAAUCCUCCCGCGGGGCUCGUAGUCCCGACGCGAAUCACAAGAGAAACAGAAGAGCGAGAGACUGAGGGAGAGCGCGGCGAGCAUGCGGAGGCGGGAGAGCCUCGGCGCGCACCACAGAGGGGUGCAGUGAGCCAGUCUCCAGAGGACGUGCCGGGGGCGGCUGCGUGCCCUCGUGGCGGGUCCCCAGCCCACCCUCGCCGGCCCCGGCGCGCUGCGGCUGUGGGCGCGGGGUGCGUGGAAGCGGCGGCUGCGGCGGAGGAGGCGGCGGCUGCCCCAUGGAGUGUUACUACAUUGUCAUCAGCUCCACGCAUCUCAGCAACGGACACUUUCGCAACAUCAAGGGAGUUUUCCGGGGCCCUCUCAGCAAGAACGGGAACAAAACUCUGGACUAUGCUGAGAAGGAAAAUACCAUAGCAAAAGCUCUGGAAGAUCUGAAGGCAAAUUUUUACUGUGAGCUCUGUGACAAGCAGUACUAUAAGCACCAGGAGUUUGACAAUCACAUUAAUUCAUAUGACCAUGCUCACAAGCAGAGGCUCAAGGAACUGAAACAAAGGGAAUUUGCUCGAAAUGUAGCAUCUAAAUCCAGGAAAGAUGAAAGAAAACAGGAAAAGGCACUCCAACGCCUGCACAAGCUGGCUGAGCUAAGAAAGGAAACUGUAUGUGCUCCUGGAAGUGGCCCCAUGUUCAAAUCAACAACUGUUACUGUGAGAGAAAACUGUAAUGAAAUUUCCCAACGAGUUGUUGUGGAUUCAGUUAAUAACCAGCAAGAUUUCAAAUAUACUUUGAUUCAUAGUGAAGAGAAUACUAAAGAUGCUACCACUGUUGCUGAAGAUCCAGAAAGUGCAAAUAAUUAUACAGCAAAAAAUAACCAAGUUGGGGAUCAAGCCCAGGGGAUUCACAGACACAAAAUAGGCUUUUCUUUUGCAUUUCCAAAGAAAGCGUCCGUGAAGCUAGAGUCCUCAGCUGCAGCCUUCUCUGAAUACAGUGAUGAUGCCUCAGUGGGAAAAGGAUUUAGCAGAAAAAGUAGAUUUGUCCCCAGUGCUUGUCAUCUUCAACUAUCUUCACCAACAGAUGUGCUUUUGAGUUCUGAGGAGAAAACUAACUCUUUUCAUCCACCAGAGGCAAUGUGCACAGACAAAGAAAUUGUUCAAACUCAAGAGAUAAAAGAAGUCUCUAGUGAAAAAGAUGCAUUAUUAUUACCUUCAUUUUGCAAGCUCCAACUUCAGUUAUCUUCUGAUGCAGAUAAUUGUCAAAAUUCAGUCCCAUUAGCAGACCAAAUACCACUGGAGAGUGUUGUUAUUAAUGAAGACAUACCUGUUAGUGGUAAUAGUUCUGAGUUGUUAGGAAAUAAAUCCACAUUUCUUAACAUGUCUAAUGAUUGCAUAUCUGUGCAAGCUACCACAGAGGAAAAUGUUAAGCAUAACGAGGCAUCCACAACUGAGGUUGAAAAUAAAAAUGGUCCCGAGACAUUGGCCCCUUCAAAUACUGAAGAGGUUAACAUAACUGUACAUAAGAAAACAAAUUUCUGCAAAAGACAAUGUGAGCCAUUUGUACCUGUCCUUAACAAACACAGAUCCACAGUUCUUCAGUGGCCAUCAGAAAUGCUGGUUUAUACAACUACUAAACCAUCAAUUUCCUAUAGCUGUAAUCCUCUAUGUUUUGACUUCAAGUCUACUAAAGUAAAUAAUAAUCUAGAUAAAAAUAAGCCAGACUUAAAAGAUCUUUGUUCUCAGCAGAAGCAGGAAGACAUUUGCAUGGGACCACUUUCAGAUUGCAAGGAUGUAUCUACAGAAGGACUCACUGAUUAUGAAAUUGGAAGUAGCAAAAAUAAAUGCACCCAAGUCACUCCUCUUUUGGCUGAUGAUAUUCUCACCAGUAGUUGUGAUUCUGGAAAAAAUGAGAGCAUGGGUCAGAGGUAUAAAAACAUUUCCUGUAAGAUCAGAGAAACAGAAAAGUAUAAUUUUACUAAAAGUCAAAUAAAACAGGACACUCUAGAUGAAAAAUACAACAAAAUAAGGUUGAAAGAGACUCAUGAAUACUGGUUCCAUAAAAGUAGAAGAAAGAAAAAAAGAAAAAAGUUAUGUCAGCAUCAUCAUAUGGAGAAAACCAAAGAAUCAGAAACUCGCUGCAAAAUGGAAGCAGAGAAUAGUUACACUGAAAAUGCUGGGAAAUAUCUAUUGGAACCAAUUUCAGAAAAGCAGUAUUUAGCUGCAGAGCAAUUAUUAGACUCACAUCAGUUACUUGAUAAAAGGCCCAAAUCAGAAUCCAUAUCCUUAAGUGACAAUGAAGAAAUGUGUAAAACAUGGAAUACUGAAUACAACACUUAUGAUACUAUCAGUUCUAAAAACCACCGUAAAAAGAACACAAUACUUUUAAAUGGACAAUCAAAUCCAACAAUGAUACAUUCUGGGAAACAUAAUUUAACAUAUUCUAGAACUUACUGUUGUUGGAAAACCAAAAUGUCAAGCUGUAGUCAGGAUCACAGAAGCUUAGUUCUUCAAAAUGAUAUGAAACGCAUAAGUCAGAAUCAGGCUGUUAAAAGAGGUUACAAUUCUGUCAUGAAUGAAUCAGAAAGAUUCUAUCGAAAACGUAGACAACAUUCACAUUCUUAUUCUUCAGAUGAAAGUUUAAAUCGACAGAAUCAUUUACCAGAAGAAUUUUUGAGGCCACCAAGUAGUUCAGUUGCUCCCUGUAAGCCUAAAAAGAAACGGAGGCGAAAAAGAGGCAGAUUCCACCCCGGAUUUGAAACUUUAGAACUCAAAGAAAAUACAGAUUAUCCCAUGAAAGGCAAUUCUUCCUUAAAUCCUCUGGAUAGGUUAAUAAGUGAAGACAAAAAAGAGAAAAUGAAGCCGCAAGAAGUUGCAAAAAUCGAAAGGCACUCAGAACAAACAAACCAGUUAAGAAACAAACUGUUUUUCCACCCUAACAAUCUCCUUCCUUCUGAAACCAAUGGUGAAACUGAGCAUUUAGAAAUGGAGACCACUUCUGGUGAAUUAUCAGAUGUUUCCAAUGAUCCCACCACAUCUGUCUAUGUAGCUAGUGCCCCAACAAAAGAAGCAAUGGACAAUACCCUGCUUGAACACAAAGAAAGAAGUGAGAAUAUAAAUCUUAAUGAAAAGCAAAUUCCUUUUCAGGUGCCUAAUAUUGAAAGGAACUUUAGACAGUCACAGCCUAAAUCCUAUCUUUGCCAUUAUGAACUGGCUGAGGCCCUUCCACAAGGAAAGAUGAAUGAGACACCAACUGAAUGGCUGCGUUAUAAUUCAGGAAUCCUUAACACACAACCACCAUUACCAUUCAAAGAAGCACAUGUCAGUGGUCAUACUUUUGUAACAGCUGAGCAAAUCCUGGCUCCAUUAGCUUUACCAGAGCAAGCAUUAUUGAUCCCACUAGAAAACCAUGACAAAUUCAAAAAUGUACCAUGUGAGGUCUACCAGCACAUUCUGCAGCCAAACAUGCUGGCCAACAAGGUUAAAUUUACCUUUCCUCCAGCUGCCCUCCCACCCCCUAGCACACCUCUGCAGCCUUUGCCUUUGCAGCAGUCCUUAUGUUCUACCUCUGUAACCACUAUCCAUCACACUGUUUUGCAGCAGCAUGCUGCAGCUGCUGCAGCUGCAGCUGCAGCCGCCGCAGCUGCAGGAACCUUUAAAGUGCUUCAGCCACACCAACAGUUUCUUUCCCAAAUCCCAGCUCUCACCAGAACCUCAUUACCUCAGCUCUCAGUAGGACCAGUAGGACCGAGGCUUUGUCCUGGGAACCAGCCAGCUUUUGUUGCUCCUCCUCAGAUGCCAAUCAUUCCAGCUUCCGUUCUUCAUCCUAGCCAUCUGGCUUUCCCAUCUUUACCCCAUGCACUCUUUCCUUCACUGCUUUCCCCACACCCUACUGUCAUCCCUUUGCAACCUCUCUUCUAGCCAUCACCAUAAUGGGAAAAAAAUACCCUUGUGAAAACUAUUGCUAUAUGCGUUAAGUGUUCAUCUAUGUGGGUACAUGGCUAUUUAACUGGUGGAAAUAAACUGGCCGAUAUAUGGCCUCAUUGGUUUGAAAUCAUUUACUGUAAGUGUAAUGAUGCAAAUAAAUCCCUAAGUUUCUGAUAUAUAAUAUUAUUAAAGCACUGAAUAGUUUGAAAAUCAAUACAAUAUAUGCUGUAUAUUAAAAUGAUGUCUUAAGAGUAUGUAUAAUGUACAUAAAAUAUAUUUAUAGUACUCUAAUUUAUGUUGUAAAGUAUGCUCCCUUGGUUUUUCUUAAUCUUUGUGUAUUUGCACCUAUUUAACGUUUAGACAAAGCUGAUGGCACUAUGUUUUGUACCAUGUUCCUUGAAACUGUAAAUUCAGUGAAAAAUAUCUCUUGCAAUAAAUUUUUGUUAACUAUUUAAGUAAA